AAACCCCAUUUUCUUUCAUAGCGGGCAUAUCUCAACCUUCACUCACAGCACCACUUUCUUAUCCAAGUUCUCUGUUUUCCUUUAACCAAAACCGAAAUGGUGGAUACAACAAUUUCUACUAUCACUUGCUCUGGUUUCAGUUGCUCGCAAAAUCCAAUCAACACCUCACAUCUCUCUUCCCUCCAGAAGCUCUGCAAACCCAAAUGGAGUUGUAUCUCAUUCUCACUCACCGACCUUUCUUUCCCAAGUCCUCGCCUUUUGUUCGGAAAUGGCCGCCACCUGAAGACCUCUUAUAGUCCCAAAGUCUCCUCCCAGAGUCUCUCCACCAUCCCCGUCCCCAGCAAGAACUACGAGUUUCUUGAUGGUUCUUCUGAGGUGGAAUUGAGAUUACAGCUUGGGGGUCAAAAUAUCCAAAGCACUAGAGAUAUUUUUGUGGAUGCAAAUGGCACCUCAUUGACAAUAAAAGUACAGCACUCUGGGUCUCUUAUCACACUUAUGGAAACUAAUCAUCUGUUUGAUAAAAUAAAGCCUGCUGAAACAAUAUGGUAUAUAGAUGAUGAUGAGCUAGUUAUAAACUUGAAAAAGCAGGAUCCAGAAUUGAAAUGGCCUGAUAUUAUGGAGUCCUGGGAGUCUCUGACACUGGGAUCUAUGCAACUUCUGAAAGGAGCAUCAAUUUACAUUGUUGGGGAUUCAACUGAAAUCAACCAGCAAGUGGCUCAAGAACUUGCAGUUGGUCUUGGAUAUACACCACUGAGUACAAAGGAGUUGCUGGAAACAUUUGCCAAGCAGAGCAUUGAUUCAUGGCUGCUUGCUGAAGGUUCUGACUCUGUAGCAGAAGCAGAAAUUGCUAUAUUACAAAGUUUAAGUAGUCAUGUACGAGCAGUAGUUGCAACAUUAGGAGGGCAGCAGGGAGCUGCUAGAAGGGCUGGUAAAUGGCGCCAUCUUUAUGCAGGAUUUACUGUCUGGCUGUCCCAAACUGAAACCACAGAUGAAGAUUCAGCAAAGGAAGAGGCCAGGAGUCAUAUUAAAGAUGGCAGACUAGCUUACUCAAAUGCAGACGUGGUUGUCAAGCUACAGGGUUGGGAUACAGAUCAUGCUAAAAGUGUGGCUGAGGGAUGCUUGAGUGCCCUUAAACAAUUAAUUCUAUCAGACAAGAAACUUCCAGGUAAGAAGAGCCUCUACAUAAGGUUGGGCUGCCGAGGCGACUGGCCAAACAUCAAGCCUCCUGGUUGGGAUCCAUCAGCUGGAGAUGAUGUUUCUCCUAGUGGAUUCUAACAGUAAUUGCACGACAUUAACGAUUGUAGGACAAUCUAGAUUGCCCCUGAAGAUGUUUUGGUUGAGUUUGGAUCGCAUAUGUAUCUCACCGUUGUCUUUUACUGCAGAUGCUCGUUAUCUUUUAAGUAAACCAUGGAAAAAGAAAUCACCUUUCUUGUAAUUUGCUUAUAGUUUACUCUGCCCGGAUACAAGCAUUCUUGUAUUUAAUUCUUUAUCAUGCAAACACAGGAUACAAAAGUAAUAGAAGCACCAUUGGGAAACAAAUCAAA